AUGGUCGCGUCCCCAGAUGUCUCCACCAACCUCGAGUUGAUCGGCCCGCUGUACGAGACGCUCACCACAUCCCUCGAACGCGCGGGAUACCUCCUCGAACACGAGAAGACGGAGGGCAUCCAUUUCAUCCCGACCCACAGCGCCCACUGCCCCCACGCUACACGCGCCAUCCCCCUACCCGGACUCACCACCGCUCUCAAGCCCCCCUCGGCAAUCCGCCACCUCGGAUUCCUGCUCGACAGCAGACUCAACUGGCGUGCCCACGUCAACCACUACGCACACCGCGCUCGUACCACCACCGCGGCCUCACACAUGCUGGGAUCCUCGGCGCGCGGCAUCAACCCCUCCCAACGCCGACUCCUGUACACGUCAUGCAUCCGCCCGGUGCUCACGUACGGCUGCCAA